AUGCCUAUGGAACAACUGCUGGUUCAGUCUUUGGAUGAGCUUACAACUCAAAUUGACACUGCUUGUCAAAAAGGACGUCGAGUAUACCUUUACUUUUCUGGAUCAACAGAUUUAACUACGGGAGAUAGUUGGUCACCAGAAUGUUGUCAGUGUGAGGGUGUUCUUGAACAAGCUAUGAAAGGCACGAAAGAGGAGGAUUUAUUCUUAAUGGUUGAAAUUGGCGAUCAAAAUGAAUGGAACGAUGCGAAUAACAAAUAUCGUACACAUCCACUAUAUCAAGUGAAACAAUUACCCACUUUACUAUCGUUAUCAUUCUGAAUUGCGGUAGACUGCUAAUCUUCAACCACUCAUACGGCCAGCGGAUCAAUCCCCGGCCACAGAUACACUCGUAAACCUCUCUUAGUGUAACGACAGAAGACAAGGUCCAAUCAACCGACCGUUUAUUGAGAAAAUUAACAGAUUUAUAGAAUUUUAUGUAUAUUAUUAUUAGCGUUAUUGUUAGCAGAGGAACAGAGUCUUCUGAUUGGUUGUUUUCUCAUUGGAAGUUAAUCUAUCAUCUCUAAUAUAUCUGCGAAUCAUAUCCGCCCACGCUACGUCUGUUGCGAUUGGUCGUUGAAAUCCUCGAGAUUAGGCUUUGUUCUUGUUUUUUCUCAUGACCAGGAUAUGGGACGUAAACAUUGAAGUAAAUGUUGUCUACCGAUUUCGGCUAGCAGACAGCUCUCAUCACAGUAUUAGUCAAGUUUGUUGUGUACACAUAGCUACCUAGUUGGUUGGAAGUGUUUUUGAAGGAUGUUACUUCCCAGCCGCGCACAAUCCUUGUAGAAGUUGAUUUCUUUAUUGGAGUAUCGAAAACAAGAAGAAUUACUGUUGUGUGAUUAAAGAGCCGCUCGAGGACAUCUGUUUUUAGGCCGGUCAUACACACACACACACACCAUUGGUUUAUAAAAAGUUGUUUCCAUAUUGUGAGAUCUUAUCGCCGCCAGGGAUGUACAAUUUCCGGGAUUGACUUUUAUCUUCUGUCAACUCAUUGUUGGUUUUCACCUGAAGAUCAAUUUUCAAUUGAAUGUCAAAUGGCUCGUGGAAAGAAUUUAAAAAAAAAACAAGAAACAAAGGGAGCAAACUAUCCAAGAACUAAUUGUUUGAAAUAUACUGAAGAGACCGUCGGAUGACAUCACCCUUGUGAAAUCCAAAUAAGAAACGACGAGUAGGAUAUCUGAGAAUGACAUUGGAGGAUGUCGUGUGAGGAGGAGGAGGAGAUGAGAGGGUAUGGGCAAUCGUGAGUCCCGUUGAAGGGGACAGUAGAAAAGAGAACAAAGUGGAGAUGUUUUUAGCAAAGCUGUAUUAUUCUACUCGGAACCCAAGGGAAUCAUUACAUGGAUUUCCUUACUAAUUUAAUUCACUGCUACUUGAAAUCUUAACAGUUUUCAAAAGUUUGGGCAUUGGGUAUAUGAUGUUCAUUAUAAUGAAGGUUGCUUUUUGUAUUUCUCAAUGAAUGAAAAACAAAACGAUAUUCUUUUUAUGCUGACGUCAGCGUUUUCUUCAAAACACACAACAAAGCAACCUUGUGCAUAUAAAGGAUCAAAUACCUAAGGAUUCUCUAUCUAAUUGUGUCUAUAUAAAAUGCUUGGAAUGUGAUACGAUAUACAUCGGACAAAACUCUCUAGGGAGAAAUCAAAAUCAGAAGAAAUGGACACCGUAGAGUGAGCAUCUGUUCGACCACCGAGAAAUCCAGUUGAACUAGAAAAGCUUGAAAAAUCGCCAGACAUAGGCCGUUUACACGCUGCGCUAUAGAAUUCGGUCACAUAAUUGAUUUGAACAAUAUUGAAAUCAUCCAGAAAUUACGAAGAACGUCUAAUAUCAGAAGCACUUUAUAUCAAGGGGAAUCCAAAGUGUUUGGUGGUGAGUAGGAAUAAAAUUGUGGAUUAAAACAGAGUUUGACCCGGUUACAACACCCCCCCCUCCCCCUCCUCCCCUAUGAAAUGACAAAAUCACCACGAAUGUGAUAAGCAAUUUUGUUAUGUAAACACACGCUGUUUUUGUAUAAUUUUACACACUAAUCAAAUCUAACAGUCAUCUACACAUGGUUUUGUUAUCUUUACCAAUUGACGACCAACUCAACAACGCCAAAAUGACCCCUUGUUGAGGAACGAUUAUUAAGUUGGUAUACAUUAGCUGAGAUUUUGUAAAUUCUAGUUUGAUAAUACUUUGAUAAAGCUAUUAGGAGCAUUAAAUAGCAAAACGUCAGAUACUUGAACUCCUCUAAUGUUAUCACUUAGAGUGAUAUUGGCGCCGAAUGUGAUUAGAACACUGACUAGUCUCCUGUAUAUAUAUACGAGUUGAUCACCGAUUGUUAUCAGUUACAGAACCUUUAAAAACAAGCAGGCAGUACCGCCAGACAGCUGUUUCAUCCUAGUUUGGGAAUUAUCGGCAAUACGCACCCACCACAGUCGGUUUCGAACCCAGGACCUUCCAGUUACAGGGCAAUUUAGCUCGUAUACCAUUCAGCCACUGGGUGGCACCCGAUUCGAUGGCCAUCCCAUGAAUUCUUAACUUCCAGCAAUUCGUAAUUUGAAUCAGGUCCCUUUGGCUGAAUGGCAUACUAGCCGAUGAUUCCCAAACUAGGAUGAACCAGCUGUCUGGUGGUACUGUCUGCUUGUUUUCAAUGGUUCUCUAACUGAUAUCAAUCCAUGACCAACUCGUAAAAAACAAAAGUAAUCCUUACAAACCAACUAUAUAAAACUGACCAGUAAAUAGUAACUGAUACUUUUCUGUCUGAUUUAUUAAAUAUUCUUCACAUUUUAAUUUAUCCAUUAACUAGAAUAUCUAAAAAUAGUUAAUGUCAACAAUGCUAUUGUUAUAUCACAUUAUCGCAUUUAGUCGAAUUUUGUUACCUAUUUAUUUCAUGAUAUUUUUUAUUAUGAUUAAUUGAUUGGUCGAAUGAGCGAUUGAUUGAUUGAUUUUUCAACUUUUUUGCUUUGUCUUGUUUUGUUUUAAUCUUUCAGUUACAAGGUCAAACACAAGUGGCU